UUUUCCUUCAUCGUCCAACUAGCGCCGCCGCCAUGUUUGCUCCCGGAAAACCCAAGAUCAAGACCAAAACCGUCCUCGUCAAGAAGACGUCCGCCCCCACAUCCACCGCCUCGCCAUCGCCACGCCCGCCGCACUCGAGACCAGGCAUUGCCUCGCGCAGCCACAGCGCAUCACGGCCCCCCGCAAACCGCUACCAGUCGACCCCCCGCUCGCAAACAGCCUCGCGGGAACCUGCGCCCAGGUCGCUAUCCGUGUCGCGGGUCGACCCUCGCAAACGCAAGGGCACCGAUACGCCCCAGUGGGCAAGCAGCGACGAGUCCAGCGACGACGAUGACAGCGACCGCUUGGGCGUCAAGCGGCGGCGGACCCGGCCAGCCAGCAACAGCACCGAGCCCAUGGGCCUGAACCGCGCACUCGACCCGGACCUGAAGCGGCGCAUACGCAUCCAGGACCCGGACAGGAAAGACGCUGCCGACGCUGCCCCCGACGGGGCGUCCAAGGCCCACGCCAACGGCACAACCGACCAAGUGAUGAAGCAGGCCCAGGAGAAUGCCGCCUUUCGGAAGAAAAAGGCGGCAUCGGGCAAGACGUGCCUGAAGCAUGGCUACGAGAUGACAAAAGAUGACGUGGCCAAGGCAUACAAGCCAGCCUUCUCCGGAACCGACAGGAAGCUGGUUGUUGAGCUACAGUAUCCCAGCCUCUCACGGCCAGAGAAAUUCGAGGCCGUCGCCCGGAAGGAGGUGGACGAGGAGUACAGCCCGCUGGAAGACAUUUAUUUCAGCAUCGAGGAGAUUAUACAGCACUACCUUCCACCAGACCUCUCCGCCGAGCUCUCGUCCGACGCUCUCGGCACGGUCCGUCUUCUAAAGCGUGCCGUAACCAAGGAUGACCCUGAACUGUUCCAAAAGGAGCUUUCCAAAUUUAACCAGUUGAUCAAAGACCGGUAUAGUGACGGCACGAUACCCCGCAUUCUGGACGACAUGCACGCCGUCCCUCUUAGCCUGGUCAAGCGCAUCACGGCCCAAAGCUACAACCGCAUUGUUUCGCCGCACGCACACCGCCUACGCAAGGUCGAGGGCAAGGAAACUACAUAUGGCGAGCUGCUCACGCCCUUUGUGCACAAAAUCUUUUCCCAAACCGGCCUCAACUCAUCCCACAUCUUUGUCGAUCUUGGCUCGGGCGUCGGCAACGUAGUCUUGCAAUCAGCGCUGCAAACGGGCGCUGAGAGCUGGGGCAUUGAAAAAAUGAAGCUCGCCGCCUCGCUGGGCUCCGAGCAGGCUGCAGAACUCAAGGCGCGAUCCAAGCUGUGGAACAUUGCCCUUGGCCGUAUCGAGCUCAUCGAAGGCGACUUUCUCGAAAGCCCGGAAAUCGACGACGUCCUACGCAAAGCCGACGUUGUGCUGGUCAACAACAAGGUGUUUGGCGAGACACUCAACAACCUGCUCCUUCAGAAAUUUCUUGAUCUCAAACAGGGCUGCAAAGUCGUUAGUCUUGAGAGUUUCGGCGGCGGCGCAAAGCAGGGUGUACGCAAUGAACAGAGUAUUGCGGGCUUGUUUGACGAAGAGCGCCACGAAUCUGGGACCAAUAGCGUCAGUUGGGCGGGCGAAAGCGUAGAGUAUUUUAUUGCCACAAAAGCGCGGUGAGCAGCACAUGUUGUUUCUUGCCCAAAGAAAGAGUGACGUUGUUUAACUUGA